AUGAAUGGGAAUCAGGUCGAAGAUACUUCUGAAGAUGAUCUUGUUGAGGCAGUAAAGGCUUUCAAUUCAGUUGAAAAAGACGCGAAUGGUGCCUACCGGGUUUUCAGAAAGCAGGUACUGGCCUUGAAGCUUCGGGCAUUAGAGGCUAAUGCCGGAAACUAUUGUGCUGGGAAAAGUAUUAAGCGCGAUUCACGCGUAAUAGUUUACGUUUCGGAGAAGUGCUGGUCGAAUCUUCCUUCUACAGCACAAAAAUCAAAGACAACAAAUCUCGCACGCUGGCGUGGUCAUGGAGAAAAAUGGCUUUCACUGGUAGAACCUUCAAUACCUAUGUCUUUCCGCCAUAUCCCAAGUGACCAUCGGUGCUUUGGCGACUUUGAACGACGACGUCGGCAGACUCCAGAAUUCGAUGCUGUUAUCAGCACGUUACAGGCCGUGUGUAUCAUUCCUGACUUGAGGAAACUAUGGUGUCGUCAAUUGAUCCGGAAGCGUGUAGAGUCUGAGCAUCAUCCAGGGCGCUGUUUUUGCAAGAAUACUGACUGUCCGGAGACUGAAUCUAUAGGGCCCCAACAGUCUGAUCCUGCCAUGACAACCAAUGCUGAGGACUUAGCCGCGCAAUCCAGCCAUGUUAGCAUCACAUUCAUGCCCACUGGGGGGCAGAUGCGGCGUCCCUCGAACAGGUCACAUCAUUCUUUUAUGCGUCAAAGGCACAUUCGAUCCGCACUGGCAGGAUCCAAGCGCCCGCGUACCCUUUCUGAUGAUGAUGAGGAGGAGGAACGCGGUCCCUCUCCCAUUGUUGGUGGUGUGAGCAUUUCGCUUGCCAAUAAUAACGGUCGGCCUUUGGUCUCGAACAUUCCAAUGCCAUCAGCUGAAAUGCUGACAUCUCACGUUCCGCCAUCACACGUCGAUCCUUGUGGGGCUCUUGCUCAGCAAGACUCAUGUAUUGAGUCCAUGCGACGAGCAGAGUUCUUUGACCUUAUGCGGCAAACGAACACAGCAGACUCUUUAUCACAGAUGAACCUCGAUCUUUCACGGCAAACGAACACAGCAGACUCUUUACCGCCGGUGGACUUCGAUCUUUCGCAGCAGAUGAACAUGUCAGACUCUUUGCAGCAUGAGUUUGAUCUUAUGCAGCAAUCAAUGCUGAUGCAGUAGACAGAUAAUGAAAUUUCAUUGACUCAGGAGCCAGUUAAUAUUAUUAUGUACAAGGAAUGGACUGAUCAUAAGGCGCAUAAACAAGCCAAAACAUCCCGUAAAACAUUAUUCAACAUCCAGUAUAAUGAAUGGCCCCAGUUUACCGUCUGUCGGGAUCUCAAGAUUGCACCGCCCGUAAACAUCAUAACAUGACCUUAGCUCCACAGAUGUUUCAUUAAUCUUCACAUCUCCGCGCACAUAGAAGGGUAUGAGCAUCAUGUAUGGUUUUCCAACAGUGUGUAUUCCCGGGAAAAAGACCGUAACAUUACGCCUGCAUUUUUUUGACUUUCUCGGCCUAUAUUUGCU